AGAGAAAGAAAAACCUUGGAAAAACCGCAUUGCAUACAUUUGGGAUGACUUGUCGCCACUCUGUAUAUAGUCACUCUAGAUUGGACAUUAACAUUAUCAACAAUGGCUUCUAAAGGAAAACAGGGAACUAAAGGUAGUAAGCAGAUAAUGGUAGAAAAUUGUGCCACGUUGAAAUUCUAUCGAAAUAUGUGCUUGGGCACAACGGCAUUUUGUUUACUAGCUCAAUAUUUUUUCAUCGAGUCGUUCGGAGUUCUACAAAUGGUGAUGAUGCUAUUUAGCGCUUGCAUUUAUUUUGGAAGCUAUACUUUCUUGAUGUCAAUAAGUAAACCAAAAUAUUCAGAUGCAGGCAGCGUUUUAGAUUCCGGUAAUGAUUUAAACAUCGAAGGUGGAAUAGCCGAACACAUGAAGGAUGCUAUAAUACUUACUGCUGGAACACAACUGUUAUCACUGAUAUCUGACUACUUCUGGCUGUUACUACUCUUGGCACCAUUGCGCGCAUUCUGGUUACUAUGGACCUGCAUACUGAAACCUUGGCUACAACAGAAGCAUGAACAAGAACUAACCGUAAAUGAAAAAAAACAAAGACAAGCUGAUAAAAAAAGUAAACGUACUAGAUAGCUAUCCACUAAAUAUAUUACUUUAUUGCAUAGAUUGCGA